UGCCGCCGCCCCAGCUCGCGCGGCGCCGCCAUGGUCUCCUGGAUCAUCUCCCGCCUCGUGGUGCUGAUUUUCGGUACUCUCUACCCCGCGUACUCCUCCUACAAGGCCGUGAAGACGAAGAACGUGAAGGAAUAUGUGAAGUGGAUGAUGUACUGGAUUGUGUUUGCCUUUUUCACAACAGCAGAAACUCUUACGGACAUCGUUCUUUCUUGGUUUCCUUUUUAUUUCGAGUUGAAAAUCGCAUUUGUGAUUUGGCUGCUGUCCCCUUACACCAAGGGUUCCAGUGUCCUCUACAGGAAGUUUGUGCACCCAACGCUCUCCAAUAAGGAGAAGGAAAUUGAUGAAUAUAUCACUCAGGCUCGUGACAAGAGCUAUGAAACCAUGAUGCGAGUUGGCAAGAGAGGGUUAAACCUGGCUGCCAAUGCAGCAGUUACUGCAGCUGCAAAGGGCCAGGGCGUUUUGUCUGAGAAACUGCGAAGUUUCAGCAUGCAGGACCUCACUCUGAUCCGGGAUGAGGAUACUGUGCAUUUGCGAAGCCACGAGCCACAGUUGCAGCCCUCUGGUGGGAGUCUCCUUGAAACGAUUGAGGAUUCAGCUUCCUGUUACUCCUCAGGAGAGGAGAGCAGUGUGGCACAGAGAUCUAAUGGAACCCCAUCUGAGACUAGAACAGAUCCGUCAGAUGAAGAUGCAGGAGAUAAACUGCCUAAACGUACCCAGAGCCUCAAAGCUUCUAAGAAGAUGACAAAAGCUGAGCUUCCAGUAAGAGGUGUGAAAGCUCGGCCCAAGAAGAAAGCUGCAGGCUCUGUUGCUUCUGUUGAGUCAUCCUAAGGAGACUUCCCCCUCCCCAGCACCUAUCUCUGUCCCAGGAUUUGCCUGUCACCUUUGAGGGGAAACUCCAAAGGAAGAGAGCUGAGAUUCAUGUACAUAACAGCUACUGCUUUGUAGAGCUCAUUCCCAGGCAAGGGGGAAGCUGAGAUUUAGAACAUGAAGUAGAGGAUACACAUCCUCUGGAAUUUUCUCCUUUUCAUCUCUCUGUUGGAGGGAAUGCCAAUAUGUCUGUACAUAGCCUGUUGCUUUGGGAUUCCCUCUGAAUAACUCUAGUUGGGGAGAAUCUUUGCUGGAAGAGCUGACUAGGGUUAGAGAUGUCCGUUGCACAGAAGCUGGAAAAAAUAUUAGACACUGGAGUUCCACAGGGGUAGGUGGCUCCCCAAAAUGUCUUACCUUGCUCUGGGUAUCCUUCUGCAGCUGUGUGUGGUUAAGAAGUGCCCAAUAUAACUCAUACUGUUUUAGAAUGACCAGUACCUGUCAUGUCCAGCCUCUUUCAGGAGGGGACUGAAAUGAUGUGUGCUGAGUACUUUUGAACACAAAAAGGUCUAGCUUCUGGGAGGAAUGUGGCAGAUUCCAGUUCCUGAUACUGGAAGAUAAGAGUUUGAUUUUUAUUUUAUUUUUCCAGACAGUCAAAUGAGGGAAUUGAAAAACUGAGUUAUGAAGAAAAAGUGCUAGUAUAUGCACACAUGAUGGAGCAGAUGUAGGUAUUUGUGACAGUUAAAUAUUGAGAAGGAAAGCGGGGCAUCUGUAAAGGUUUUUGAUUUACUCCUUGAAGCUGCUUGAAUUUUAUUUCAGGUUCUGUUGUUCGCUUUUGAUACCUGUAAGAACAUCAGUGAGAGAAGGAAAGAUGGGCAGGGAGAAUGCGGGCGGGGAGUGGCUGAACUCCACCUCAUCCUGAUAGUUGUUACCACAGAUUCGUUCAUUAUGAUGAUGAUUGGGGAAAACCUAGCUCAAUACAGUCUUCAGACAUACCUGGAAAAAAUCAAGAAGCCCUUGUCUCUUUGCUUUAGGAGAGCCAGUUCUCAGAGCAUGGAAAGUGAAAAAACAGUUGAAGUAUGAAGUUCACUAAUCCUGGGAUUACAUUUAUGGGGGAAGAAGAGAGGGGGUAGGGCACAGUGUUGGGAUUAAUCAAUCCUCUUACUUCAUCCUACUCCAGCUCUUGAACAGUUUUUUUUCUGUCUGACCAUGUGCCAUAUUUACCAAUGUCCUGAGGCAUGAGCAAUAUGCAACACUUGAGACAGAACUACACUGAAAGUAGAGUAUUAUUCUGUGGGAGUGAGACUGCAGCACUGCAGAGAAAAUUGGAGUCAUGCCAAGCCAUCCUAGAUUCUAAUCUAUUGAGAGUUGUUAAGGGGAGAUUCCCUGUACACAUACAAGCAGGUUCAGUGGGGAUUUAUGAGAUGAGUAGAGCUGCUGUUGUUGAGUUACAUAAUGGGGGACCACCAUUAUAAAUAUGACUUGCUGAAGAAAUACUCCAUUGUCUUAGUCUUUACUGUAACUAGUGAUCAAAGGAAUCUGGCUUCUCCUUCCCAGCUGAAGACUACUCUUGGCUCUAGGUGCAGGCAUUGUUUGCCUGUGUCUCUUGCUGUCGUAUUUCUGAAAUUGUGGUGAAGACACUGUACCCUAGUGUUUUGCUGCUGACAAUGCAUAGAAGCACUUCCGCAAUUAAGGCUGCGCACAUAUUUCUGCCCUAAAGGACAUCCCUUCAAAAGUUUGUAACUUUGAAGAUGGGGACUGAAAUUUUGCUUGUUUUCCAAUGUCUUGGUGGCAAAUUUUUAUGAAUUGCCUAGCUAUUUUGGGGUGGGAGGAGGGUGGAAAUAAGGAAACAGUUAUUUUUGCUUUUAUUUGUAGCUUUACAGGCUGUGUCAGGAACCUCCAUCUUGUCAGAAAUGCUUGUCCUAAAUUAUUCAUAAGUCCUUUGAGGGCCCAGAUCAAAAAGAUCAAAAUCUGUUUGAUUUGGCUUUUAGGUUUGAGCUUUAAAAAAAAUAGUAGUUUGCUCUCUCUAGUUUGUUACCAAACAACGUAUCCAUGUAUCACUGGUAUUGUUCAUGCAAUUGCAUGUAUUGAAGCAGAAAUUAUUUCCAAGGGAAAUCCCUCUUUCCACAUGAUGGGUAAAAUACAGGAGAGGAAGUCCACACUGAAUGUAUAGAAGAUUCAGUUGUGAAGAACUGCUGUCCUAGACUGUACUAUAUUGAGCAAGAUAGAACCAUUAUUCUUUAUCCACCAAGUACCUCUAUGACCACAUUACUUGAAAUUUUUUAACAUAAAAGUCUUCACAGCAAACUUUUGAUUAAAUGAUUGUGAGGAACUUGAUUUGGAAGCAAAGAAUUAGAUAGUCUGACUUGUGCUGAUUUUCCUGCCCAUUCCUUCUAUGUGUGUUGUGCUAGUCUCAGAUUUCUCUGUUUUCAUACCAUGACUUUCAAGAAUACUUUUUAGAAUCAGUUCAUUUAUAGUAAUUCUCCCUGUUCCGAAAUGCAGGAAGGAUUUCUGCAGACUUAAUUUGGGUGCUUGGAUCUACCUAUGUCUUUCUGAACUAGAUUGUAUGCUGAAUAUCUUUUACAUAGCACUGAUAUUUAAUGCCGUUAGCCUGUGGGUGAGGAUGGGUCAGUUUUAUUCUGACUUAUAUAGAAAAAUUAAAAGAAUUCUUAUCGUAAGAGUCUGGAGUGGAAUCAGGGACUACAUCUAGUAUGAGAUAUGAACCUGAUGAGUCAGGCAGCAGAACUUACCCAGAGCGAGAGCAGUGUCAGCAUGGCCACUGUGUUGUUCUUCCAGUAUAAAUGUAAGUGACUGCUAGAUUUGGCUAUGCUUGAUCAAAGCCUCUGCAGAUCUGCCAGCAACUAUGUGAUAAUUUAGGGAGUUUCUAGAUGCAGUUCUGCACUGGAUGGCAUGGUCAUACAUAGAAUUUCUCUUGUUAAUGAGAGUGCUGAAUGUGCUGUUUUGGUAAAAUGCUUUUAGCAGAUGUUGUUCAGUCUUUUCAGCAGAAAAUGCUAAAAUGUAGUUCCUAUUCAGUAUCUUCCGUGGGCCUCAUUGUGCGGUUAAGCAAAUGGUUAAAUCUUCACCUCACAGUAGAACCCAUUGUGUUCAGUGUUUAUACCCCUCUCCUAAUACACCUAAGCACAGAGAAAAACACAAUAAGAGAAAAUGAAACCCAACAUUUUUAAGGUUGUGUGCCUAAAAAUUGUCCAAAAGUACCUACACCACAAGAUACAGAGUAAAGCCAUGACUUUCCUUCAAAAGGAAAUGUCAUACCUCCACACUUUAUAAUACUAUGAGUCUGUGUUCUGUAUUUGGAAAAGAAAACUGUGAAACCUGGUUUCCCUUCUGAAAAAAUAAUGACUUGCUGCAUGAAAGGGAAGAAUGUUUUCUCCCUUGGUGGUCCCCUCCUGGGUAGGUAAGUAAAAGGAAAAGAGAGAGCAGACUACUUUAAGAUCCUGAUCCCACCAUUCCAGCUAAAUAUCUUGAUUUCUUACUGUUCUCUAGGGAGUUUCUGAUUCUCUAGCCUUACAUUUCCCAGGGUCUAGGGGGACUGAUUUCUUUUAGACUAGGUUUUAAGUAGAGGGAAUAUUAAAGAAGGAGAUGCUAGAGUUCUUAAAAUUGGAGAGCUUGUUCUCAGAAAAACACACCUUCCCCCAGUUUAGUGCAGUGUGUUCUAUUCAUUGUCCUUUCGCAGUGGUGGGCUGUCAUUAUACAUCCCUCUUGGAAGUAUGACUUGUUCACAAUAUAUGGCCGUGACAUUUCUGCAUUGAAAAGCAAGAUUUCCAGAGAACACUGACUUUCCAGAAGUUGAUGCUUUUGAGUUUUAUUUAAUUUGCUGUUUUAAUCAGUAGGACAUACAGUGCCUUAGGAUGAAAGUGGGAUAAUUACGGAACACACUGCUGGUUCUCAGAUCUGCACAGAGCAUUGUACCAAGGAGACUUGCAUGUUAAAUGUGAAAUGUCAUUGUAUGUUUGACAGCAGCUGUUAAACUGAGCUGGGUUUUCCUAACUGUUUUCCAGACUUGCAUAUGAUGCUAGAAAGUGCAGCUUGUUUCUGAAGAGAGAAAUCUAAACAAUAUUCUUACCCUUCUUUCUAAUGGGAACACUGUAUUAUUAUGUUACUCUGCAACUCACUGGUGAGAUGCUGAACCACAUUGCUGCGUGUAACUGGUCAAUACUCUAGUUUUUCUUGCUCAGCCCACCAGGAAUCCAUAAUCUGCUUCUCUAGUUGAGACAUCUUGUGGCACUCUCUGAGUUGCCCUAUGAAGUCAUAUAUAUGGAAAACCAGCGAAGUAUUCUAAAACUGUAUGAGUUUGUGUACUCUAUAUUUGCUCUGAAGCCUACUGAAUUUAAUGUUUAAGAGCCUGUAUGUGCAUAUAUGCAUAUGCCAUGUGGGGAUAUGCUUUAGUGUUACUGAGGGGAAAGGAUGUUUGGUCACUCUUUCUCUGGCAUUUGGCACUAUUACAAGAAACUGUAAACAUGACUCAAUUUAUGUUAUUUCUAGAUACUGUUAUGAACAUGCUAAAUCAAGCCUGGAGAUGUUAAGAGGUGUCCAGAGAAACUUGUUUGUGAGAACAGUUGGUUUGAAUGGUAACUGAAAACAAUAAAUUUGCAUAGCAGCUGAGAAGCGGUGCUACAGUUUAGGACAGAAAAUGGGCUAUGUACAGUAAAGAUUUGUCCAGGAAAUAUCACUGAUUCCUUCUGUGCCUCAAGGACCAUAUGGAUUCGAGGCUGGUUUCUCACUUGCAGCACCUCUGACUCUGUGUCUUACCUGUCUAAGCUGGACUUGAACAACAUGCAUUCAAACUCUUGAACCUUUCAUCACAUCACAACAAUAAAGUUUGAAUUCUUUCUCAGUAGUCAUAUAGACUGCAGGGAGGACUGGAUGAAUAUCAAGUAUCUUACGUCAUUUUGUUGUAGAUGUGUUAUAUUGGGGAAGUACUAGCAGGGAGCUCCAAAGGAAGCAUUCAUCUGGGAAACUGCCUAUGUUCACUUCCCUCCCCCCUCCCUCACCAGCCAUAUUUUUGGACCAGAACAAUGAACCAACC